GUGCCGGGAGGGGCGGAGGCGGUGCGGUGCCAGUGGUGGUGAGCCGCACCCCCGCCCCAGGCCAUGGGCUGCGCGCUCUCGGCCGAGGAGCGCGCCGCGAUGGCGCGCAGCAAGCAGAUCGAGAAGAACCUGAAGGAGGACGGCAUGCAGGCGGCGAAGGACAUCAAGCUGUUGCUCCUGGGUGCUGGAGAAUCCGGAAAAAGUACCAUCGUUAAACAGAUGAAAAUUAUUCACGAGAGCGGGUUCACCGCGGAGGACUUCAAGCAGUAUCGUCCAGUGGUCUAUAGCAAUACCAUCCAGUCACUCGUGGCGAUCCUGAGAGCUAUGACCAACCUGGGCAUCCAAUUCGCCAACAACGAGCGAGAGCGGCAGCGGAUAGAGCGCACGAAGAACAAGGAACCCAACAGGCGCGACCGGUAA